AUGGCGUCUCUUCAUCCCACAGCUCCUUCGCACGAGGCCGCCGUCCCCCAACACGAACCGACAGCACCGCAAACCGAAGCUCCCAAUGGAGCAAGCCUUGCUGAUGAAGUAGACGACGAUGGGGACAUGAACGACAUCUUCCAAGACGAUGACGUCGACGACCAGGACUGGAAUGACGGAACGGGUGACGUGACGAAGUCCUACAAUCGUCAGCGCAUGUUCAAUGGCCCCGGCGAUGCCACAGCAUCUCGAUCGAACGCUCAGAGGCCUGCUGCCAACACAUUCGCCAGCGUCGACGAUCAAGUCGCCGCUCUCUCAAAGCACGCCGCCAAGAUUCGACUCGACAGUGUCAAGGCCGACGAUGACCGGACAAAAGAUAAGGCGGACCGCGCCACGACUGAGCAGGUUCUUGACCAGCGGACGCGCAUGAUUCUAUUACAGAUGAUCAAUCGCGGCGUCGUUAGCGAGGUCCACGGCACCAUCAGCACCGGCAAGGAAGCCAACGUUUACCAUGCCGUGCUGCACCCGGACGAUGGGCCGACACUGCAGCGCGCGAUCAAGGUGUACAAGACGUCCAUCAUGGUGUUCAAGGAUCGUGAGCGGUACAUUGCUGGCGAGCAUCGAUUCCAGAAGGGUUUCGACAAGAGCAGUAACCGUAGCAUCGUGAAACUAUGGGCCGAGAAAGAGUUUAGGAACAUGAGGAGGAUACACGCUGCUGGUAUUCCGUGCCCCGAGCCCAUAAGCCUGAAGCUGCAUGUACUAGCCAUGACUUUCCUCGGCGACAAGAGAGGCUGGGCCUUUCCCCGACUCCGAGACGCCAACCUGGUCGGCGAGGACCUCGACCAAGUAUGGAGGGGACUGUACGUGCAGCUACUAGGACUCAUGCGUCGGCUGUACCAAGUCUGUAGGCUGGUGCAUGCUGAUUUGAGCGAGUACAACAUUCUCUACAACGAAAACACCCUGUACAUCAUUGAUGUGUCACAGAGUGUCGAGCCCGACCAUCCACGCGCGUCAGAAUUCUUGCGAAUGGACAUCAAGAACGUCGGCGACUUUUUCCGACGCAAGGGCGUUGACACCUUGACAGACCGGGCCAUCUUCCACUUCGUUACAGCCACACAGGGCCCCACUGAGGAGCCCGGGCUGGAGGAGUCGAUCGAGAAGCUCUAUGAGACCCGAGAUCCCGAGGCAGAUGACGAGGCCGCGGCCGCAGAUGUCGAGGUCGACAAUGCAGUCUUCCGCAGCCAAUAUAUCCCUCAAACGUUGCAACAGGUGUACGACAUUGAGAAAGACGCGAAGCAAAUUGAACAGGGCAAGGGUGACAGCUUGGUGUACAAGAACUUGCUUGCUGACACAGUGGUCGACAAGAAAGGCGAGGAGCAGUCAGAUGAUGAUGAGCCCUCUGAAGAAGAUUCGGGCAGCGGUACUGAAUUGGACAGUGGUGACGAGUCAAAAUUUGAGAAGGGCAGGCCUCGCGGUAAGAAGCACGAGGAUAAGGACGAGAAGAAGGAACAUAAACAAGCCGUCAAGGAGGCGAAGCGGGAGAAAAGGAAAGAGAAGAUCCCCAAAGCCGUUAAGAAGAAAAUGGUGGCUGCGUCAUCCAGGAAGCACAAAUAG